UUCAUUUCAUUUGAGUUAAUAAGAUGUCCGUAGUGAAGUGUUCCCAUUAUCAUCCGGUGCAUUCCACGUGUGUCCGUGAGUCCCCACCGGCGCCGUAACCACUCUCCGCCGUGGCCUCCACCAUUAAUGGACCAAAUCCCCUAAACAUCCUUCUCCCAAUUCCGAAUCCAUGGCUCGCUCUUCUCUCCACGCGCUCUCCACCAUUCUCUUCCUACUACGCUUGUUGUUAUCUCCUUCCACACACGCCCUUAAACUCCCCUUCCGAGUCAACGAUGUUCUCCCCGUUCUCCCCCACGGAAUCUCCUGGCCCCUCCUCAACAACCUCCACAGCGCCGUCGACUUGCUCCCUUCCUUCGUCGGCGCCGUCACGCCCGACAACGGUUCCCUUCAGUGGAAGGGCGCCUGCUUUUACGAUAAUCAAGCCUCCCUCGAGUUCACCGCCCCCGGCGGCGCCGUGCUCCAUCUCAAGACAGAAGCUGCACACAGUUGGACCUGCAUGGAUCUGUAUGUUUUUGCAACACCUUAUAGGAUUACAUGGGACUACUAUUUCUCUGCGCGAGAACAUACUUUGCAGUUUGAUUCAUGGGAAGAGCCUGCAGAGUUGGAAUAUGUAAAGCUGCAUGGGGUUUCUGUGUUUCUCAUGCCAUCUGGGAUGCUGGGAACGCUCCUUUCUCUAGUUGAUGUUUUGCCUCUAUUCUCUAACACUGCAUGGGGUCAGAAUGCCAACUUAGAUUUCCUAAAGAAACACAUGGGAGCUACAUUUGAGAAGCGCAAUCAGCCUUGGCGUGCAACUAUUGAUCCUGCAGAUGUUCAUUCUGGAGAUUUUUUAGCUGUGUCAAAGAUCCGUGGUAGGUGGGGAGGUUUUGAGACACUAGAAAAGUGGGUAACUGGUGCAUUUGCUGGUCAUACAGCAGUUUGCUUGAAGGAUGAAAUUGGAAAUUUAUGGGUUGGUGAAUCUGGGCAUGAGAAUGAAAAGGGUGAAGAAAUAAUAGUGGUAAUUCCCUGGCAUGAAUGGUGGACAUUAGCUCUUAAAGAUAAUUCCAACCCACAGAUAGCCUUGCUUCCCCUGCAUCCAGAGCUGCGUGCAAGAUUCAACUCGACUGCUGCAUGGGAAUAUGCACGGAGCAUGUCUGGCAAGCCAUAUGGUUAUCAUAAUAUGAUAUUCAGUUGGAUUGACACAGUAGCUGACAACUAUCCUCCACCUCUUGAUGCUCACUUGGUAAUUUCUGUCAUGUCUAUGUGGACAAGAAUGCAGCCAGCUUAUGCUGCAAACAUGUGGAAUGAAGCGCUGAACAAGCGGUUAGGGACUGAGGAUUUGGAUUUGCACGACAUUCUAAUUGAGACUGAGAAGCGUGGGAUAGCUUUUGAUCAAUUACUUACAAUUCCUGAACAAGAUGAAUGGGUAUACAGUGAUGGGAAAUCAACAACAUGUGUUGCCUUUAUUCUUUCAAUGUAUAAAGCGGCUGGAAUAUUCGGCCCUAUUUCUAGCUCCAUUCAAGUAACUGAAUUCACAAUUCGUGAUGCAUACAUGCUUAGGAUUUUUGAGGAUAACCAAACACGUCUACCAAGAUGGUGCAACAAUGAGAACGAUCGGCUUCCAUUCUGCCAGAUUCUUGGUGAAUAUAGGAUGGAAUUGCCUGGCUAUAACACCUUGGAUCCAUAUGCCAAUAUGAACGAGCACUGUCCUUCCCUUCCUCCAACUUAUGAUAGGCCAUUGAAAUGUUAGAUACGUCUCUUCUCCGGCAUUACCAUUUUCUGAUUUGUCUGUUAUCCGUGAUCUCAUGGCACCUAAUAGUUUGCUGUUGUGGAAUUGUCUACAAACCGAGGGAGAAAGUGCAGUACGGAACUUCACCUUAGCCUUCUCAAGUUGACUAAGGGGCAUUGUAUAUAAGAAAUUUAUAUUGGUGGGAUAGUGUGAUGUUUUAUUGACUUAAAUUAUCAAUUAUAAGAGGAUAAUUACCUAUGCUUCGUGAUGAUUUAUGUUCUACUAUCUCAAUGAAGGAAACAUGUCAGUAAAGAUCAUUGUAAUUAUGGCUUGAAAUCUUCGUUCUGAAUUGGAGUUGGAGAGACCUUUUGUAUUCACUGUUUGGAAAUAAAAUUUGAUUAUCGCA